CACCAGCAAGUGAAAGGAAGAACAGAGGGAAAGAUUUCUGAUCCCACCAUCAGCUGCUGGUCCUGUGGAGUGGAUUUAAGAAGAGAGAAAAUGUUCCUGCCCCAGAGGUCUCUGCAGACAGUUACAUUUUUGGCAAUUCUUUUUUUUGCCUGUUUUGCAAUGUGUCAAGAGAUUGAAAACAGAAGAGCAGUGACGGAGCACCAGCUCAUGCACGACAAAGGGAGGGCCUUCCAAGGGCUGAAGCGCCUGCUGUGGCUCCACAACGCCCUGGGCACCGUGCACACAGCCAGCAGCAGGGACAUCCCACCUCCAAAUGCCACGUGGGAUGUGCAGAAGAGCCCAAAUCCCUCAGAUCUCCACAACAGCAUCGGUGGAGACGAGACUUCCAGCCGGAUGGAGCAGCUGCUGGAGCUGACGGAAGCACAGGGAUUCCUCCCGUUAAAGCAGCUGGAUUUGAAGAGCCCAAAGGGGAACUGGAACCCACAAGGCCUUUUUGAGCUGCUCCAAACCAAAGAGCUGGGCAGCAAGAGAAAUCCCAGCACGCAGCCACAGGACUAUUCCCGUUAGCCCUCAACCCCCCCCGGGCUGUCCCUUGCUUUCCACAUGUGCUCUUGUAGGGAAAAGCUCCAGCACAAAGGUGAACUGCAAAAUAAAGAUAAUUAACUGCAUUUACACCUCCAGAUGUUGAUAGAGACCCUUAUAAGGAGCCAAGUUCUCUCCUGAGCAGCUGAGUGCUGUGACUAUGAGAUGGGUCACUUGUCACAGGCACUUCUCUUUUACAUCAGGGCCCUCCCUGUCUGUCCUGGAUAUCUUAGGGGUGCUGCAGCCUCUUGGAGCUCCUGUAGCCCACUCAGCAGGAAGUUUGGGUCAUUAAUGUGCAUAUUUGGAGGCUCACUGGAGCCUAAUGUUUUGACUCCUGAAGAAAGUUAUCUCCUAAUACAGGUUCUCUUUCAUUUCACCCCUGCCUGCAGUUCUGCCCUGCUCUAAUAAUGACUUUUCUUAUACUGUAGGUCCAAAGGGGUUUUUUCCCUGCUUCUUUGGUGUAAUGAAAGUUUUAAGCCUCUCAUCCCUCAGUUUGUCCUUCCUUUUGCCAGGUAAAAGUUGACAGUGAUCCCCACUCAGCCAAAGCCCUAAACAUUCACCUUGUUCUGCUGGUGGAAGGAUGAGAACCAGCUUCCAGGGUCUCUAUUUCAGCCUUUUGUUCCAACACUUCCUUCCUUUUCUUUCCUCAUGUGAAAUCCUCUCCCAAGAGCUCCCACAGCAGCAGAAAACCAGCUUCAUGAGGCCACCUGCAUUUCCUGGAGUAGGUACCACAGGAUUUUGCUGUUCACCUUUGCCAUCAAACUGAUCAUCUCUGCCUAAGCAAAGCAAGGUCCAGUUUAAUUGUAAAAUCAGUCUUUCAGAAAUGAAAUCUCUCGUGUGUUACGAAUUUAUCAGCGUUUCCAUCGUGUAGGGACUCCACACACCGUUUUAAACCCUGAAAUUCCUCUGUUGCCGAUAGACUUCAACUGUGCAGAAUGUAUUUCUCAGUGAUUAAAAUGUUGAUAAUAAAAACCCU